GAAUUCGAGAAGUACACAAGACGUCGGAGACGGACAAAAAACGAGAAAUGGACAAAAGCCAUUUCCAACUCGGUUCUUUCCUGACUUUCGUUUGGUUUAAUUAACUCUUAGUUUAAUUGCAAUGUGUCGCAAGCAACAUAAGCUGAUGCCCGUGUAGCUAUUGAACGUUUGGAAAUAUGAAAAUAAUAAAAUCGAAGAAAGUGCGUAGAAAAUUGCUAGUGAUAAUUUCGGCGAAGGCGGCAGAAGCGACAGCGAGAGCAGCACAGGCCCGAGGAACAACAGCAGUGUUUGCGGCGGCAGGAGCGAUCAGCGGCCAGCAUGGACGUGCAGAAGCUCUUCGAAGAUCUCGAAUCGAAUAAUCCGCAGGAGUCGGAGGCGGCGAAGAAGACCCUUGCGGAGUUUAUCAAUCAAACUAAAGACCAAAGUAUUCUGCAAGGAGUCAUGGAUUAUUACGUAAGAACGAAUUCCGUUCGAAUUAUCGAUGUCCUGGUCAAAGUUCAAUCUCCUAUCGACAUGUGCGUGCUGGAUCGAAUUGCGGACUGGAUGCGUGGUCAACACCGACCGGUAGCGCUCGACCUGCUAGGCUUUAUCAUCCGCAAGCCUCCGACUUGGCUUUAUAAAAUUGCAAAGCAUAAGUUAAUUAAGGAAAUACUAAAGUUAUUACAAACCGAAAAGGAAAUUAUACAUCUUAUGAGUGCUUUGUUAUGCAUUAUUACGUUACUUCCAAUUAUCCCGUCAUCUGUACCAAGUUUUCUGCCCGACUUAUUGGAUGGGUUUGGCCAUCUGGCGGCGUGGAACGCGCAGAAUGCUAACACUAUGCACGAAAGCCAAAUAAUACAUAUACAGAUUGGAAUUUAUUUGUUAUUUCAUUAUUUGUAUGGCAUGUAUCCGAACAGUUUUCUUCGUUACUUACGUCGAUUCGCAUCAAAAGAUAGUGCCAUAUAUCAAAGUACGAUAAGACCACUCCUAGAAACAGUUAAGAUGCAUCCACUGCUGGUUUGUAGCACUCCCGAGGAUGAAACGAAUAAUACGAGAUGGAAAGAGAAGCAACCGCACGAUAUUGUCGUGGAAUGUGCAAAAUUAUCCCUGGAAUAUCAUCAGGACAGUGUGGUAUACUUCUGUAAAAAUGUAAUGCUGAGAAAAGAAGCAGCUGCCAAUGAGGCACAAAUAUCACAACUACAAUUCAGCAGCUGGAACCGACCAAUUCCCGCAUUCAGUACGAUCACCGAUAUGUCCGGGACAUUCCGUUCAUUGGUGGACGGUUCGAAUUUACUAGCGGUUCAGAAAAUGAAAAAUCCAAUAUGGAGUCCCAGCGCAGAAAUCCUUUCCACACCCCCGCCCACAGCCGCAAUUACUCAUACUCCGACGCCUAAUUACAAUGUUCCCAACAUGCCGAGUAAUGUAUCUGGUGCGACGGGUGCGUCGCCACCAGAAGCGGCUGUAGAAGCUACUCCCGAGACUACGCCACUUAAAGAUGCUGUUAAACGCACGAUCGCUGCAAAUUCUACAGCCAUUCGUGCAUUACCAGUAUCUAGUGAACCCGGAACACCUUUGCACAAAAUAGAUAGCAAGGACGUGCAGCCAUUCGAUUUCAAUCAGCAAACUUAUCAGCUAAAAGGUUUGCACUUCCGCCUGCUGCAAGUAGGUCGAGACAGAAGUGAAUCAGAGAAAAGACUGUCGAGCUCGAAGUCUGUGGAUCUGUCGGGUCCAUCUACGACCACUGGGGCGCUCCAAUACGAUGCACAAGCAGUUAGGUCGAUUAACCUCCAGCCACUCGACUCCCCUACUAAUAUCACUGAAAGCACUCAGGAAGACCAAGAAGUGUCAGAAUUGACAAACACAAACUUUGCAGUGACCCAUUCGGACACCCUACAGGAUAUAUCGGCAGAUUGCGGUGAUGAGACUGAACAAUCGCCUUGUUCAAUAGGCGGUCUAAAUAGUGCAGCCUGCUCAACAAUGCCCUUACAGGAACGCCGAGCGUUGCGGAAUCGGCCGAAGAUAUGUUGCCUUAAUGAUCACAGCAGCUACUUAAGCUAUGGUACAAGUCCUGCUGACAAUGAGCACACUGACCGUUGCAAACUAAUUAAGAGUACAUGCAGAGUGCGUAGGUCACGUUCGUGGCCUGUGAUAAAAAAUCUCCAGGAAGUCGUAACGCGACAGACGCAGUAUAGUUAUCAAGCGAACGGAGAGUCGAGUAGUCCGUCUGGCGAUGAUGCUGUCUCCGCUGCUACUCAUUUCAAGCAGAUACAGCAAAAAUCCAAGCUAGCCAGAAAAUUUGACGGAAGAUUGCUAACAUGUCGAAAGGACUCUUGUACGCAAACCCUUCCGCAGUGGAAUUACGAAGAGAAACUGUUUGAGCUGGUCAUCGAACAGAAUAAGCUGCGGCAGAUGAAUCAGAAGAAGCCGUUCGAUCCCUAUGAAAUGUUCGACCAAUGUGUUAGCAAGAAUGUAGCGGACACGAAGAACAGGGAAGAUGUGCUGAGGGAUCAAAUACGGUUACUUCAUCUGUUAUUAAAUUUCGAGCGGUAUCGAAGGGAAGUGCACGCCGAGCGCAAUCGAAGACUUCUAGGUAAAAGCCGGGACUUGCGUUCGCUGGAAAAAGACGAAGACCGCCUACGAGAUCAGUUGAAAAAACAACAGGACGAAAUGGAGAAACUAACCAUGUAUGCAGAAAAGCAUCGAAGACGGGCCAAACAUCGGGAGGAAGAACUCAUGAGUGAGGUGAAUUUGUGGAAAAGCAAGUACCACACGGAGUUAGAAACUAGUAAACAAUUGCGAUUAAAUAUCGAGAAUCUGCAGCGACGCGUAAAUGAAGAGAUGGCGGGGCGCAAAGGAAUGAUGCUACAGAUAGAAGCCCUGCAGGGAGAACUUUUCGAUAUGCGCAAUGAGAUGCAACAGGUUCAAUAUCAAGCAGAACUUGGUUUACAGUACAAAAAGGAAUUAGUCAAGUUGCAGACGGAGUUGAUGGUGGUUGGGGAAAUUCAGGUGAAAUGCCGAGAUAAAUUGAACGAUUUGGAAAGCUUGAAAGCUCGCGACGAGGAGGCGUCUCAGCUGCAGGAAAGUUACAGCAAAGAAAUUAGAGAAACCCGGAGUGCCCUCGAAACAAAGUCUGCACAGUUCGACGCAGCCACCCAUCAAAUUUCUGCCCUCCAAGCGAAUAAUGCCGCCAAGGAUAUCAAUUUUACGGAUCAAAAGCGAUUAUUGAAAUCCGCCAAGGAGGAAUAUGAUGAGAAAUUUAAGGCAUUGGAGAAGAAAUACGAAAUUCAAAAGAUGGUUAUAGUUCAAAUGGAAGACCGCAUUGCUGAGUUGUAUCGGAAUCAAACUGCCACGAGUAUGGCUACGACGACACCGGAAUCAGAAAGGACAGAUUUCAUCAGUUCUAUGGAGCAUAAUUCACCACUUUCUGUAUCCUUAACAUCCAACGAAGGCUUAUCAACUAGUUUGAGAUCCGUCACGGAGAUUCGCAAUCUUCAGGCAUUGGUUGUGAGCCCACCAAAUACUGCCACUGAGCAUAAUUCCCGGUCGAUUCCCGUUACAUCGUCAUCGGUUAUUAUAUCGCAUCAACAAGCAAGCACAUCCUCUCAACCAUUUGCGUCGGCGAGCUCAUCGACUACGAUAUCAUCUACGAGGCGUACCUCGUCUAGCAUCCAAACGAGUAGCCAUAGCUCAAUAACAAUGGGCACCACAACAACCACCACAUUCAAUGAAAUGACAACGCGUUUACAGAAUAUAUCCUCGACGUCAUCGUCGUCAUCAUCCGCAUUAUAGCCGUCGCCGAUUUCAUGCAAUAUUUUGCAAUGAAACGAAUCUUACAGCACAUGACCUCGACGGUUAUCUCUCUUUUGCUUUUGAUAUUCGUGUUGCGAGGACCUCAACCACACACACACCACUAAUGUAUCGGCAUCACUAAACGAAAUGAAAUCAAAAACUCCCAAUUUCUUCCUUUCGCGCCGGCGAACAAGGGCCUGAACUUGUCGGGGCGACUCGGAAGGAGUGUACUAGUAUAAAAAUGUGUUAUUUUUGUUGUUAUCGUACAUAGAAAUGUUUUUACGAAAUUUUGCUCGAAUUAUUGUUUAUGAUUAUAAAAUUUUUUAAAAAA